UAAAUAAUAAUUGUUGUUAAUAAUUAAUUUUAAUAAAAUAAAUAUUCUUGUAAUAUUAAAUUAUAAAUGAGCGUUUAUAAAUAAACAAAUAUUUGUAAACAAAUAUUUGCAAGUAAACAAUUGUUUAUAAAUAACAAAUGUAUUUAUAAACAAAAAUAAUUGUUAUCAAAACUAAAUAUAUAGACAGAAAUAAUCAAUGUAAUUAAUAUUAAUCAAUAUGUAAAAUUAUUAUAUUUCAUAAAGGUGUGAUGUUCUUAAUAUUUAAAAUUAGAAAAGACGAUCUAAAAAAGCAGGAAAUCUAUUAUGGAGUCACCACUACUAAAAGAAAAAGCAAUAAAGAUUUUUCGUGUCUGUGAGGUCCCGACAUUGAAUCUACCCAUAGAGGCGAACUGGUCCCGCUGCGAGAAAUACAUUGGAAAAUAUUACUAUAUAAUGGGAGACCUUUCACUAAGAAGGCAGUCCCAAAUUAUACGUACAAAGUUCAUCGUAUCGAGUGUCAAAUACAGUCUCAAAAUUUAUACGUACAACAUACAUAGUGACGAGAAUCUAAUACAGUUUUAAAGUGUCGUCAUCAGUUAAAAGGUUUCCAGUAAUAAAAUCUUAAUUACCUCAAUAGAAGAUCAAAGUCAGGUGCCAAGAAACGAAGAUUGGGAAACUCCGCCACAAUAUAAAAUAAGGAUACAGAAGUGAAGAAGAAUGUGAAGUCAUUUGAAGAAAUUCCUGGUCCAAAUGGUUAUCCUCUUAUAGGGACUUUUUUCAAAUAUUUUCCAAUAAUAGGAGAAUACGAUGUUAAACGAUUACAUAUAACUGGUAAAAAGAAAUUUAUGGCGUAUGGACCACUUGUGAAAGAAAAAAUUUUAGGUCAAACGAUAGUUUGGGUUUUUCGUCCCGAAGAUAUUGCGGAAGUUUUUAAAUCUGAAUACGGCAAAAUUCCAGCAAGAAGAAGUCAUCUUGCACUUUACAAAUAUAGAACUGAUAGAAAAACAGUUUACAAAACAGGAGGACUUUUACCAACCAAUGGUACAGAAUGGCUGAGAAUAAGAAGAGAAUUUCAAAAAUCAUUAAGCAAACCACAGGAAGUUUUAAUGUAUCUAAAGGAAAUAAAUCCAAUAAUGGAACAAUUUGUAGAAAUUUGCAAACAAAAAGACUAUGACGAUUUUCAUCCUCUUUUAUCUCGUCUUUAUUUGGAGUUAAUUGGUUUAGUUGCAUUUGAUGAGAAAAUGAACAGUUUCUCAAAAGAAGAAAUGCAAGAGGAUUCGACGUCUUCAAAAUUAAUUGACUCUGCUUUUGUCACAAACGAUGCUGUUUUACAUUUGGAUGGAAAUUUGAGGCUCUGGCGCUUUUUUGACACUCCUCUUUAUAAAAAAAUGAGCAAAGCUCAAGAAUUCAUGGAAUCAGUCGCUAUUGAUAUGGUGAGAAUAAAGAAACAGAAAUUGAAAAAUUUUUCAAAAGAUAGAAAACUUUCUUUAUUGGAGACAUAUUUAAUGAAUCCAAAUUUAGAUGAAAAAGAUGUCGUUGGAAUGGCUUGUGAUAUGUUACUCGCUGGAGUUGACACUACAACUAAUACAACUGCGUGGGCUUUAUAUCAUUUGGGGAGAAAUUUAAAAGUCCAAGAAAAAUUAUAUCAAGAGGCUGCUACUUUGCUUCCAAAUAAAAAUGAUUCAAUUACUUGUGAUAUUUUAAAACAUGCAAAUUAUACAAAAGCUGUUUUAAAAGAAACUCUCAGAUUAAAUCCUAUUUCUGUUGGAGUUGGAAGAAUUUUACAGACCGAUGUUGUUCUUGAUGGUUAUCAAGUUCCUAAGGGAACAAACGUUGUAACACAAAAUCAAAUAAUCUGCCGAUCUCCGGAAUAUUUUUCUGAUCCGGAUUCUUUUAUUCCUGAACGCUGGUUGCGAAAUGGAGACAGUGGAGGAUAUAAAACAGAGAAACCAAUUCAUCCUUAUGCUGUUUUACCAUUUGGACAUGGAUCUCGAUCUUGUAUAGCUAGACGCUUGGCAGAACAAAAUAUGCUAGUUUUUCUAUUAAAAAUAUGUAGAAAUUUUCAAUUUACUUGGCAAAAUGGAGAAAUUGACUGUAUAUCUCUAUUAAUUAAUAAACCAGAUGCUCCCAUUAAACUUAAAUUUUAUCAACGGUAAAAUAUUGUAUAUAUAUAUGUAUGUUAU